AUGGCUUCCACCAAACCACCUCCAAAGCAGUUCCUCUGGUGUGACGAACAUGCCGAAAUCGCCGCCUGGUUGGCUCGUAAAAACCUGGGCAUGGAGUUUUACGGCUCCUUCAUCAAUUACUGCGCUCGCACGAUGGACAAACUGAGGUGUUACAAUGGUCGUUUGAUCAAAGAUCACCUGGGCCAUCUGCGCGAGACGCUCACUGCAGAGCCAUUGAGUGGUGCUGCUGUCCUUUACGAGAUGAAGUUCUAUUACAACCGCUUCUUCCGCACUGGUCCUGUUCAAUCAGGAGUCAUCCCGCUCUUCACACUUUGUAAGUUUCACUUCUUGUUUUCCAAUCAUCCCGCGAUUGACCGGUCUCCCAAAAUGGUCCAUCAAAAGGCACAAAAUGUUUGCGUUUGA